AUGUCACGCACUUUCAGUCGUACGAUUGGCCGCGAGCGUGAGGAAGCCAUUUUAAACGAGACAGCCGAGACCAUCAAGGGGCUCUUUCGGGAUGGCGGGAACGUGGAAGGCUCCAUCGGCAUCUUGAGCGGCGGAAAACAGGCCUUUUUGAGCAUUGGCACUCGAGACACGAGCCCAUCGCGCCUUCCUCCCGACGACCACACCGUGUAUCUCAUUUCCUCCAUGACUAAGCCCAUCCUCGGCCUGGCCAUGGCAGUUCUGGUCAACGAUUCCCGGUACAACAUUAGUUUCGACACCACAGUCAAGGAGGUUCUGCCUCGCCUCGAGAGGAAAAGCUUCCUUUGCCACGCAAACCGCGAACUGACCGUCGGCGAUCUGCUGGACCACAACUCGGAAUUUCUGCGGACAACAAACCUGUGGGAAAGCCCCUGCGGCGCCGUGCCAUGGCAGACCGAGGAUCCCAUUGUGUCCCUGCUGGAGCAUCUUUCACCCAACGCCAAGUACAGCGAGCCAAGCAGCUUUGUCUAUGGGCGCAACUAUUCGAAUGAAUGUUUUGCCCUGGCCGCCGCCAUCAUUGAAAGGACGACCGGCAUGCCCUGGGCGCGGUUUGUCAAGGAGCGAGUGCUGCAGCCUCUGGACAUGUGGUUUACAUUUCCUGACGUUACCAGGGAGGAGCAGCAGUCUCAAGGGAACUUUGCAGGCACUUACUCUGUGAGGGUGGACGGCACUCUGCGGGAGCUGCGCGAGCAGAUCGGGGAAUAUAAGGACCUCUCGUACCAGACAAUCUACAAGUAUCUCGAGGGCUGGCCGCACGAGCCAGGAUCGAUCGAAGUCCUCCCCUCCCAGGCCUCCAGACAAACCAUUAUGGGCGCCGCCGCGGGAAUUAUGUCGUGUGUCUCGGACCUGCUCAUCUUUUACAAAAAGUUCCUAGCAAUAUACAACCUUGAUGAGCAGACAAGAAAGACAGCUGGCAACAAAUUAUCAGAGAUUGAGCGUGCCAUGCUCACCCAGCAGGACUACAUCUCCCGCAAGGCCACAAAUCUCACCUGUGUCUACGCCGGAGGAUGGAACAUAACCCACAUCCCCUGGGACCCGACAACCCCGGGAAUCCGCUGGCCCGGAGCAGACGGGGACAACGCCCGUCGACUCGAACUGGCCAUGACCGAGGGACUUGGCAGGGACUCUGUGUCUGCCGCCCGCGCCUGGCCCUUUUUCCAGCAACCAUCCCCAUCCCCAUCACCAGGGACCACCACCGAUAACAUUCAGAAUACAACAGCAUUGUACCACGGCGGCAACAUGACCGGCGCCACCUCCUUCUGCUUGUUGCACCCAUCAACAAACACCGCCGUCGUCGUGCUGUGCAACACGCGCGGCUAUUUGCUUGAUGCAGCCAACCUGGCGGGGAUGCUCCUUGCCGAUUGCCUCAUUUCAUCUGAUCCUCGUACAAGUACCGCAACUAGUACUCCAGUCAGCAUUGACGACAGUGACACAAACCGGCGCUGCGAGGCCGUCCGCCAAGUGUCACGUCACAUCCGCGCGGGCUACCUCACCGACGUGGUGCACUACGAGCAGGAACUGCACGACAACUGGCACGACCCUCUCGAGUCCGCGUCUGGGCGGGUGGUGGAUUUUGACACCCUCUGGGCCUGCGUGGGCAGGUAUCGGUUGUGUGAGGGGGUUUUUGCUGGCGUGCAGUUCUGCCGGUCCCAGCAUCCUGCUGAUGAUGAGAAUGGGGAUGGUGACGAUAGGAGGGUGCUGUGGUUCUGCAUGUACGAGACCGGGUUCAAGUAUCCCCUGCGCGUGAAAAGGGAUGCGCCCAGGCCGCACGAUCCUAAGCCUAAUAAGGGAGAGCUGACGGUGACGUUUGCCAUGCCCAUGAAGGACUUGAUUCCAUUGGGUGUGGGAGGGACAAAUCGGCUUGCGGUUGAAGACUUUGUGCUGGUUUUCAGGAAGAAGGAUGAGAGGGAGAGGUUUGGAGAGUUUAUGUGGAGGUUUGAUCGGUGUGGUGUGCCGGAGGGGAGUGGUGAUGUGGAUAUGGAUGCGCUUGCUUGGAAGCGGGUUGAGUAG